CUCCUUUCACUUUUUGAGUUUUUUUUUUCUUUCUUAAAAUUAUUGCAUUCCCUUCAUAGUCCCUUAGUACUAUAAUGACACAAAUAGUUUUAAAUGCUGUAGUAUAUUUUCUUCUAUUCACGCUUACAUCGGUUAUAAUCGAGGGGGUAACUUUAAAUGUUGUCGAUUUUGGGGCAAAACCUGAUGGUGAAACUGACUCCACAAAUGCAUUACUGAGUGCAUGGGGUAGAGCAUGCAGCUCAACAUCACCAACCACCAUUUUUGUGCCCUUAGGAAGGUUCUUAGUUGGUAAGGUAGUUUUCAAGGGGAGGUGCAACAACAAGGGCAUCACAAUACACAUUGAUGGUGCACUAGUUGCACCUUCCAAAUAUGAUGUUAUUGGAAACGCUGAAAAUUGGUUGUUUUUUGAUGAUGUUGAUGGUGUUUCGGUGAUUGGUGGUGUUCUUGAUGGCCAAGGCACAGACUUGUGGGCAUGUAAGAGGUCUGCCAAGUCUUGCCCAAUUGGUGCUACGAACAUGGGAUUUACCAAUUCAAACAACAUAGUUAUCAACGGAGUGACCUCUUUGAAUAGCCAAAUGUUCCAUAUAGUUAUUGACCGAUGUGAUAGUGUGAAAAUACAAGGUGUUAAGAUAUUUGCUGCAGGAAACAGUCCUAACACUGAUGGCAUUCAUGUUCAACUCUCAUCAAGUGUAAACAUUCUUAACUCAAAUAUAGCAACCGGUGAUGAUUGCAUUUCAAUUGGACCUGGAACUACUAAUUUGUGGAUACAAAACAUAGCUUGCGGACCAGGUCAUGGAAUAAGUGUUGGAAGUUUAGGCAAAGAAUUUCAAGAGGCUGGCGUGCAAAAUGUGACAGUUAAAACAGUCACAUUUACUGGAACAGAAAAUGGUGUACGAAUUAAGUCUUGGGGGAGACCUAGCAAUGGGUAUGCAAGGAAGAUCCUUUUCCAACAUGUUACCAUGGUUAAUGUCCAAAAUCCCAUUGUGAUCGACCAAAAUUAUUGUCCCAAUGAGAAAAAUUGUCCGAGUCAGGUUUCCGGGGUUGAAAUUAGCAACGUUAUAUACCAAGAUAUUCAUGGAACCUCAACAACAGCAAUUGCAGUCAAAAUGAAUUGUAGUCCAAAGAAUCCAUGCACUGGAAUAAGAUUGGAAGAUGUGAUGCUUACAUAUGAAAGCAAACAAGUCGUAGCUUCAUGCAAUCACGCUGGAGGAAUCACAUCUGGUGUAGUUCAGCCCAACAACUGUUUCUAGCAUUGUUAAGGCCAUCAAUAAAACAUUGAUAUAAUAACAAAUCUCCAAUAUUGUAUGCAAGUUAGGUGAUACAAAACUUUGAUGUAGUAACCAAUACAAAAUGCAAGUUAGUUGAAGAGCACAAUUUUCUUUAAAUGUCAAUGUUAUCCAUUUUUUUUUUGGUUUUGCUUUUGAGUUUCCUAUUUAUAUUUCUGAGUUAAUGAACAAUUAUUUU